AUGACGACAGAGGGUCUGGUGCCGAUCACGCGGGACUACCUCGCGCGCUACUACGACAAGUACCCGCUGCCCCCGAUCCCCGACGGCGUAAUCGCCCUCGCUGCCCGCCUCCGCGCUCUGUCCGCCGAACUCGCCGCCGCCUCUCCCUUCUCCCCCGAGGAGGAGCACUUGGAACAAGAGGCAUCUGGUGUACCUGCCCAUAAAAUAGAUGAGAACAUGUGGAAGAACAGAGAACAGAUGGAAGAGAUUCUGUUUCUGCUUAAUAAAUCUCGUCGUCCCGUUGCUCUUCAACAGAAGUCCACACUAGAAGACGCUGAGAUAGUUUCCACACUUGAUGAUUGUGAAACUAAAUUGAAAGAGAUGUUGAAGAAGUUGGAACAGUUUCAGCUAAAAAAUGCCGAUAAUGUUUUCAAUACAGUUAUGACAUACAUGCCACAAGACUUCCGCGGUACACUGAUCAGGCAACAGCGAGAACGCUCUGAGAGAAAUAAGCAAGCGGAGGUUGAUGCUGUAGUUAGUUCUGGUGGAAGCAUUCAUGAUAGAUAUGCAUUGCUAUGGAAGCAGCAAAUGGAUAGGCGGGUGCAAUUAGCGCAGCUUGGUUCUGCAACAGGUGUAUAUAAGACACUUGUUAGGUACUUGGUUGGUGUUCCACAGGUGUUAUUGGAUUUUAUUCGACAAAUAAAUGAUGCUAAUGGACCUAUGGAAGUGCAAAGAGAACGCUACGGGCCAGCACUAUACACACUUACAAAACUGGUGCUUGCAGUUCGGUUGUAUCUACAUCUCUCUUUGGCACGAUAUGGACAGAAGAAAAUAGGGAAGGAUGACAUUGCUGUGUUGCAGCAGGCAGUGGUUAUAUACACCGAGGAAUUUGGGAAGUUCACUACAUUCAUCGGUGAGGUUUUUGUGAAUGCCCCAUUCUUCAUAUCUGCUGAGGAUGCAGGUGCUGAUUCGAGGAAAAACGAUGAGUACCGAGAAACCAUUAUUCCAGCGGGAAAGACACAUGAGGUUAUUUUAAGUGUUGAGGCUGUCAACUCAUAUAUUGCAUGGGAUUUCUCGUUGCAACAAGGGGCCCUCAGCACACUGCUGGACAUUGGCUUUCAUGUGGAGUACAUAAGCCCGUCACGGGAGAAAACGUUGAUUCUUCCCUACCGACGUUAUGAAGCUGACCAAGGUAACUUUUGCACUGUUUUCGCUGGAUCGUACAAGCUUGUAUGGGACAACUCAUAUUCAACAUUCUUCAAAAGACUCUCCGGUACAAGGUGGAUGCAGUGCCUCCGGUCACCGAGACAGAGUAGCCGUGCAGAUGCAGCCGAAGCCCUUAUACCAUGUUGUAACCUUAUUCUUUUGCCGACUGUGUUGCAGCAAUUCUAA